GAGCUGAAAAAUGCAUCCAUGGGCUUAGUAAAUUUGUUGGAGAGUUCCUGUUUAUUAAGGUAAUAACUUUUUUUAAUUAUGUGCUUCAUGUAUGGAUCAAGAAGUCGGACUUAAAUUAUAGCAGAUGUUAUAUAACCUAUUAGGGGAAGCAGGGACAAAAUUACUUUAAAAAAUUUUAAUCCUAAGCUAGUCAAAACUUGGACUCAAUUUCGUAGAGUCAAAUGUUUAAAGACUGGACAGAAGUACGCCUCGUUCGACGCUGAUAUUUUUCAAGCAGAUUAAAGAAUCGGAUUGAAAUUGUAGCAGAUGUGGGCUAACCUAUAGGGGCAUGCAAGGGCAAAAUUAGUUAAAAAAAAUUGAAUCCUAUGCUAGUGAAAACUUGAACUCAAUUUCGUAGAGGCAAAUGUUUAAAGACUGACUAAGAGUACGCCUUGUUUAACGUUGAUUUUUUUCAAGCGGAUUAACGAAUCGGAUUUAAAUUAUAGCAAAUGUUAGUUAUUGUAUAGGGGCAAGCAACAGCAAAAUUAUUUAAAAAAAAUCCAAGUCUAAGCUAGUGAAACCUUGGACUCAAUUUCGUCGAGGCAAGACUGGCUAGAAGUAUGCCACGUUCAACACUUACGUUUCCCAGUGACUUUUUUUUAAUUACUAUGUAAUAUAUUGAAUUAAAAAAUUAUUAAAAUGGUGUAUUCUGCGUCUUCAAGUGGUAUCAGGAGUAAAAUCGAACCACUCCAUGCAAAGCAACUUGAUUCCAAAUAAAACCCUCGAUAAUUUGAGAACUCACAUCCUCCAUCGCUUUGCACAGUAACAUUAAUAUAUUAGUGUUUUUAUUAUCAAUUUAAUGUCGAAGUUCUUCCAUUGAAUUCAUCGGGAACCGAUAAAAUGUGAAAUUAUCAGGCCACAUGCGACUCUGGCAAAUGAAAAUUCAUUCCGGUUAAAUAUUUUAUUAUGUACGUCGGACGUAAAAAGGUUAUAAAGCCCCCACAUUACCCUUUUAAUAAAUUAUUCAGUUGCAUAAAAUUUCGAUCUAAUUACCCCAAUUUUCAGGAAAUAGGCCGAUGAACCCCCCACCCUUGUUUCUAUUUUAAUUAAUUAUCUUAUUAAUAAACGACUUGUUGUUUGUAUCCUGACAUCUUUAGUCGUAAAACCAUGUUCAAUCGACACACGUCGAUACUGUUCUUCACGAGUUUUACACUAAUUACUCCAAAAUGUGACCCCAAAAGUGGAAAAAUUCACCCCACAAGGGUCAGGGCUGGGGUCACGCUUCUAACAAACGUUUUUCUAUUAUUCGUGAUCGUUUUCUCCCUCUACAAACGCCACCAAUUGAUUUACAAAAUAUUCAAAAACAAAAUGCUAAUUUUCCUGGACAUUACUUCGGACCUGAGCGGAUAUAUUUGGUUUUUGAUGGCCUCCAUUCAAAGCUGGACCAAGAGGAGCCACUGGAACGUCUUCUUAAUCCAGUUGGGUGAACUGGACCAAGCACAACAGGGCCACCUCCACUUGGAGCUAAUCCUGUUCCACGUGACGUAUAUCAUAAUUGCCAGCAUAUGCUUUGCAUCCUGGAUAAUUGGGGCGACCUCCCAGUACAUCCCAACUUACUAUUACAUAUCCAGAAUGGUUUUGUUGUACUUGGAGGCCCUAAUUACACUCACUUGCAUCAAAUUAACUCAGCACUUUAAGCAGCAGUACAAAGGACUGCUUGGGAGGCUUCUGGAGAAUGAUCCCAUAAAGGAAAUUCAGAAACACUUCAUCCGGAUUGCUGAGGCCUUGGAUAGCUAUAAUGAGCUCUUCGGGGGGCAUAUGUUCUACAUAUAUUUUGUCGUGGGCAUCCAUUAUUUGACGUAUUUCGCUAGGGUGGCCCAUUUUAUUUUAGGUAACAUUUAUGAGGUCGAACUCGGGGCUAUUGUGCUCGUGAAGACCCUUAUUUGUAUCACCGUGGCCUUGGUGGAACUGAUUGCUUUGACCUACAGCUGCCAUACAACAGAGAAACUGUCUGGAGAGCUUCUCAAGACUUGCUACAGCCGUCAGGCUCCCUCCAAAGAGCAACAGGAGGGGCUGGCGAGGUUGUUGCAAGUGAUGGCCCACCGGAGGACCCGAUUUAGUGCCGCAGACGUGUUCGAUGUCAACAAGUCGGCCAUGUUUGCCCUUCUUAGUGGCGUCACCUCGUAUUUCUUGGUGGUACUGCAGUCGCAGCAAACGUUUUGACCCGGUAUAUAUGAGGGUGAAUAAAACGGGGGGGUAAUUUAAAUGAAACGAGCGGAUCAUUUGUCUUAGUAAAGUAGAACAAAACGGGCCGGGGGCAGCUGCUGAUUGAUGAUAAUGGCGGCGGCCAGUUGUGCUUUUAAAAAUUUGUAAGCGAUAAUUAGGGUGGUUUACUGCCCUGGUUAUAAAUGGGGGGGAAUUUUGAUGAAGGUUAUUGACGUGUGUAUUAAAUUAAAAAUUUACUGUAAUAAAUGGGCCGUCCUGUAAAAAGAACAGGAAUUUUCCCGUCUAUUUGUAAAAGACUCACCCAUUUAUU